AUGGCUACGUCUAUACUCGGGGAAGAGCCGAGGUUUGGGACCACCCCGCUGGCCAUGCUGGCCGCCACCUGCAACAAGAUCGGCAACACCAGCCCGCUGACCACGCUGCCCGAGUCCAGCGCCUUCGCCAAGGGGGGCUUCCACCCCUGGAAACGCUCCACCUCCAGCUGCAACCUGGGCUCCAGCCUCUCGGGCUUCACGGUGGCCACGAGCAGGGGCUCCGGCGGACUGGCCAGCGGCACGGGCACGGCCAACAGCGCCUUCUGCCUGGCCUCCACCUCGCCCACCUCGUCGGCCUUCAGCAGCGACUACGGCGGCCUCUUCUCCAACUCGGCGGCGGCGGCGGCCGGCGUGUCGCCGCAGGAGCCCGGCGGGCAGUCGGCCUUCAUCUCCAAGGUGCACAGCUCGGCGGCCGAGAGCCUGUACCCGCGGGUGGGCAUGGCGCACCCCUACGAGUCCUGGUACAAGUCCGGCUUCCACUCCACGCUGUCGGCGGGCGAGGUGGCCAACGGGGCGGCCUCCUCGUGGUGGGACGUGCACGCCAACCCGGGCUCCUGGCUGGAGGUGCAGAACCCGGCGGGGGGGCUCCAGGGCUCGCUGCACUCGGGCGCCCCCCAGGCCUCGCUGCACUCCCAGCUGGGCACCUACAACCCCGACUUCAGCUCGCUCACCCACUCCGCCUUCAGCUCCACCGGCCUGGGCUCCACGGCCGCCUCGCACCUGCUCUCCACCGGCCAGCACCUGCUCGCCCAGGAGGGCUUCAAGCCCGUGCUGCCCUCCUACACGGACUCCAGCGCGGCGGUGGCGGCGGCCAGCGCCAUGAUCACGGGCGCCGCCGCCGCCGCCGGGGGGGGCUCGGCCCGCUCCGCCCGGCGCUACUCGGGCCGGGCCACCUGCGACUGCCCCAACUGCCAGGAGGCCGAGCGGCUGGGGCCGGCGGGGGCCAGCCUGCGGCGCAAGGGGCUGCACAGCUGCCACAUCCCCGGCUGCGGCAAGGUGUACGGCAAGACGUCGCACCUGAAGGCGCACCUGCGCUGGCACACGGGCGAGCGGCCCUUCGUCUGCAACUGGCUCUUCUGCGGCAAGCGCUUCACCCGCUCCGACGAGCUGCAGCGGCACCUGCGGACUCACACGGGCGAGAAGCGCUUCGCCUGCCCCGUCUGCAACAAGCGCUUCAUGCGCAGCGACCACCUGAGCAAACACAUCAAAACGCACAACGGGGGCGGCGGCGGCAAAAAGGGCAGCGACAGCGACACGGACGCCAGCAACCUGGAGACGCCGCGCUCCGAGUCCCCCGACCUCAUCCUGCACGACGGGGUGGGCGCCGCCCGCGCCCCCGCCAAGGAGCCGCCCGGCGACUCCUAG